CAGUUGCGGCUGGAUUUUAUAGCUGUCAUUGAAAAUAAAAUUUAAAUUUCUGCUCAUAUUCAUCCAUAUUUAUGUACUUAUCAUAUAACUUUGUUUAACUCAAGAAAAACGUUGGGCCAAGAUGCGAGGACAUUGGAAGUUAGCUGAAGGGACUUUCAGUUCACUCAGCCGCGCGGCAACUCGCCUCUUCCAGUCAUUACUAUGAGGGGAAGGCGGCAGAAGGGAAGCGGUUUAAUCACUGCGGUAGGGGUAUGAAGCGGUUGCCGCACUCGUGACCGCGCACAGAGUGCAUCGUGCUGAACCAUGGAUUUAUAAUAGUAACGUGCUGAACUCCUGGCAGGAAUCUCUUUUAAAAACGUUUUGCUUUUUUGAGAAACGCUCUUGCAUGCGGGCGGUCACCAGGGCGGUUGCCGCACGGCGGUGUGAAGAACGGAACUACAUAUUGUCAGGGAGUGCGUCAGUCAGGACAGGAAUCUUUGGUGCACUACAGCUACAUUCAAGGUCCACGAUAAAUCUACCUUUUACUGUUGUAGCUAGAUAAACCUGUUGUCCCGUGUGUAACAUGUCUUGGAUUUGUAAAUUAAUGUACACGAACAGUUAAUAAAUGUGUUCAAUCCAUAACAGAUAACUUAAUGGUUUUGUCAAAUUAAAACAAGAACAGAAGGCGGUGAAAUAUCCAUCCGUCACCUUUUGGUACGACACGGCCACACAGUGACUCGUCCAUAUCGCUACUGAAAUGUCUCUGCCAAAGAUCGCCCGUCUCCCCUCAGUGAGGCUGCUGAGCUCCAUCCACCAGCAGCAGCAGCAGCUGCUCCUCCCCUCCGUCCCCCCUCUCACUGGGCCCAAACGAGCUGUGAGUCAGGGUGAAUACAGACGACCCGGCCAGCCCAAAGUAGACAAGUUCCCGUGGCAGCCGAUUAACUUUGGCUUCUCAAAGGGUUUCGAGGGGGUGAAGAAGCAUUUGGCGCUCCUGAAGAAGGAGUUUUCCGACCGCUGGGUCGGUCCGCAAGGCAAACCGAUCCUCGAGCACAUGCUGGAGCAGAACCAAGUGCUGUGGGAGUUCAGAGGCCCGGAGAGCCUGGAGCAGUGGACGGUGUCCUCGGAUCAAGAGAUAGGAGGCCAAAGUGAAGUUCACUUGAAGCUCGGCAAAAACCACAACACCUGUUUACUGUACGGGACUCUGAGCUCUACUCCUCCGAGGGAUGGAGAAACACGCUACAGUGGCUACUGCACCAUGCGCUCAAAGCAACCACUGGCUUCGUUCGAUAGAAAAAAGCACUACGAUUGGUCCAGUUUCAACACCCUGCAUUUGCGAGUGCGCGGUGAUGGCCGUCCGUGGAUGAUCAACAUCGCCACAGAAACCUAUUUCUCUCACCAGAAAGAUGACAUAUACAAUUAUUUCCUGUAUACCAGGGGAGGACCUUACUGGCAGGAUGUCAAGAUACCCUUCUCCAAGUUCUUCCUCACACAUCGUGGGAGGAUACAAGACGACCAGCAUCCUCUCUGGCUGGACAAGGUUAACACCAUUGGAUUUACCUUGGGGGAUAAAGCGGACGGUCCGUUCCAGCUGGAGAUUGAUUUUGUUGGCGUCUGCAAAGAUUACGCACACACGGAGGAGUUUGCUUACGAGGUGUACAAGAGGAAUCCUGAAAUUUGACAGCCAGUGCUACAAUACUGCAGAUCAACGGUUACUGAAUAAUGGUGGCGGUGUUAUAUUAACUACCAACAAGUGUACCACCUUCUUGAGGUGGACAAUAUACUUAAACCCCAUCCAUCACUGCUGGUAACUUAUUUUAAAAGACACGGUACAUCUGGAUUCUAGCAAAUGAACGGUGACACUUUAGUAACGGUGGAGCAACUUCUUAUAGAAUACAUAAUUGCAAAAGGGUUUUCCAAUGUUUUCUCAGUUAGCCUUUUAAAAUUUUAGAUUAGUAAACAGAAUG